AGUAUUAACGCUAAACUAUUCCAGUGCAUCAGGUGUCCAAGGGAUGGGCGGAGACCUCAUACAAAUGAAAUCUACACAAAAAAUCCAAAAUAUGGCCAAAGAGACGAAAGAAGACAAUGUGUUUACCAAAAAAGUGUCACCCGUGGAGAAACUGGUGGUGACGGUAUCGCUGUAUCUCAUAUUCAGCAUGAUUAAAAAUCGGGGCAACUAUUUCCGCAUCAAACGCCGGGACGCGCCGCCCAAAUGUCUCACUGAUCCCACACUCGGCACACAUCACUUCAUACAACUUAAGGACAUAAAAAUGCAUUACGUGUCCAAAGGGGACGAGAAGAAGCCGUUAAUGCUUUUCAUUCACGGAUUCCCGGAGUUCUGGUACUCGUGGAGACAUCAGAUCCGGGAGUUCGCCAAAGACUAUCACGUGAUAGCAGUGGACAAUCGGGGUUACGGCGAUACAGACAAACCCCGGGGUAUUCACAACUAUACGGUGAGCGCGAUAGUGGAGGACACGCGACAAUUGGUGGAAGCGUUAGGCAAACGGGACGUGGUUUUGGUGGCGCACGACUGGGGCGGUGCCAUCGGUUGGGGUUUCGCCGCCAAACACCCGGAACUGCUUCGAAAGCUGGUCAUCAUUAACAGCCCCCACCCGUUGAUGUUCGCCGAGUCCCAGAAAAAGGGUUGGAAACAGUUUUUCUACUCGUGGUAUAUGUUGUUCUUCAGCCUCCCUUUGCUGCCAGAGUUUGCUCUCCGGAGUAACGAUUACUUCAUAUUUGACCACUCGUUCCGCAACGGCGACGGACGGCCCCUAUUCGCCGACGACCCCCAACACAUGGAGGCCUAUAAAUACACGUUUCACAAAAACGGUUUCACCGGACCGUUGAACUGGUAUCGGGCGCUCAUACACCGCGUCCCACAACAACAGCCCAAAAGUUUUCAAAUAAAAGUGCCUACACUUAUCAUUUGGGGUAAAAAAGACAAUUACUUGACCACAGAGCUGGCACCGGCACACGCCUACGUCGAUGACCUAACUGUGAAUUACAUCGAUAACUGUUCCCACUGGACACAGAUGGAUCAGCCGACACUUGUUAAUCAAUAUAUGAGACAAUUUGUGUCCAAGAAUUGUCUGCAUUUGUUGUCUAUCAUAAUCAUAAACCCGCUGUUGUUUAUGUUUGGUAAGCACCGGGAGGCGCCCCCGGACUGCUUUCUGGACUCAUCGCUCGGCACUCAUCACUUCAUACAACUUAAUGAUUUGCGAAUGCAUUACGUGUCAAAUGGGGAGCAAAAUAGUCAGACAUUGCUUUUCAUACACGGAUUCCUUGAGUUCUGGUACUCGUGGAGACAUCAGAUCCGCGAUUUUGCCAAAGACUAUCACGUGAUGGCUGUUGACUGUCCCGGUUAUGGCGAUACAGACAAACCUCCGGGUGUCGAGCACUACACCCACGACGCUCUGGUCGACCAAUUGCGGCAACUUUUGGUCGAACUGAACAAAUCGCGAGUAAUUCUCGUCGGCCACGACUGGGGCGGUACUAUCGCGUGGCUGUUGGCGGCCAAACACCCGGAGCUGAUCGAUCGACUGGUCAUAAUCAACGGUCCGCUACCCCUUAUGUAUCGAGACGUGAGGUUUCAGAGUUGGCGACAAUUUUUCAAGUCAUGGCAAAUAUUUCAGUUAAAUAUACCGGUGCUGUCCGAGUAUGGGCUCAAGUGCUGUGACUAUUACGGGGCGACGAAUGCACUUUUUAGAAGCGGUUCCGGCCGUCAGUUGUUGUCCGCGGAGGACAUGGAGGCCUAUAAGUACACUAUUCAACGUAAUGGAGUGAAAGCGCCCCUGAAUUGGUACAUGGCCAAUCCUGCAUUUCUAUACCCUCUCCAGACACCCAAAAUGGAUCAAAUCAAAGUACCCGCACUUCAUAUAUGGGGCAAAAAAGACAGAUUUCUGGUUUCAAGAAUGGCUGAAGUGUACGCUUAUGUCAAUUAUUUGACCAUAAAAUAUAUCGAAACGGCCGGCCAUUGGGUGCAACUCGAAGAGCCGGUGCUCGAUAUACAAAUGCAUUACGUGUCAAAUGGAGAGCAAAAUAGUCAGACAAUGCUUUUCAUACACGGAUUCCCGGAGUUUUGGUACUCGUGGAGACAUCAGAUUCGAGAGUUCGCCAAAGACUAUCACGUGAUAGCUGUCGACUGUCCCGGUUAUGGCGAUACAGACAAACCCGCGAGUGUCGAGCGUUACGCCGCCGACACUCUGGUCAACAAUUUCCGGCAACUAUUGUCGGCACUAAACAAAUCGCAUGUAAUUGUCGUCGGACACGAUUGGGGCGGUAUUAUCGGGUGGUUAAUAGCGGCCAAACACCCUGACCUGAUCCACCGGGUGAUCAUAAUGAACGCUCCCCUACCGCUCAUGUAUCGGGACGUACGGCUGGAGGGUUGGCGUCAGUUAUUUUUAUCGUAUUAUGCAUUUGUGUUUAAUAUACCAGUGGUGCCCGAGUUUGGGCUCAAGUUAUGCGACUAUUACGGGGCAACCGAUCAACUCUUUAGAAGUGGAUCCGGACGUCAGUUGUUGUCUAUGGAGGACAUGGAGGCCUAUAAGUACACUAUUCAACGUAAUGGGGUGUUGGCACCAAUAAAAUAUUACCGUGCUAAUCCAUUUUUGCUAUACCCUCGACAGACAUCCCAUAUGGACAAUAUAAUAGUGCCCGCACUUUGCAUAUGGGGUAAAAAAGAUACAUUUCUAGUCCCAAAAUUGGCCGAAGUAUACACUUAUGUGAAUGAUUUGACCGUAAAGUAUAUCGAAACGGCCGGUCAUUGGGUAGCACUGGAAGAGCCAGAGCUGGUCAACCAAUUUGUGCGGCAAUUUCUCACAAAAGAG